AUGACGGCCAACGCCGUCCCGGACACGCAGCUAGGGCUCUCGACAGAGGAGAUCCAGCUUCUGCGUCAGGGACAGGCAGCUCUGGACGGGGGCGGCUCGAGUAGUUCCCGUGCCGCCAGUCGAGCCAGCAGCCAGGGCCACCUUCUCCUCGACAGCUCCUCCCUCGCAGCCCUCGGCCGUUACUUUGAUCGCCUAAUGGCAAAUAUCGAGCACAACAUCCAGUACCUCAGCGAGCAAGCACAAAUGUUUACCCAGGUCCAGUACGACCGCGCCGGGAACAUAAUCGCCGGCGCCGACGAGGAGAUUGGCCGGUACACGGCCCUAUUGCGGCAGCUCGACGAGCUCGAGGUCGAUUUCGACCGCAUCGCCCACAUAAAGGAGAUUGUCAAGCAGUACCGAUCCCGCGUCGAAGGCCUCGAGAGGGAACUAGAAAGCAGCGGAUCGUCACAUCGUCAAAGACACUCACAACACCGCCAUGGCCACCGACAUCAUCACUCCUCCUCUUCGCGUCACCACUGA